AUGUUCUGUUCCGUUUUGCAGUAUAUUGAACAUGGAACAGAAGAAAGCAUAUUGCUAGUUGAGACCUGCUUGGACCACUUCAAGAUUUAUGAAGAAGACUUGAAGAGUACACAUCUAGAACCAGUAGUUGCUUCACUCUUUAGAAAGUUGUUGGAAAAGCCACAUUUCAGUAUGGUAUUCUCUGGUUUCGUGAGACGUACAGCAAUCAGUGAAGAAUUUCUGGACGUUCUAUCCAACACACUGCAAUUAUCAGCAUAUGAGAAACUUGGUUUUGGUCUUGCUUUAUCAGAUUCAGAAAAAAAUGAUAUCAGAAUGGCUGGAAGGAACUUCUGUAUGACACAGUUUGAAGAGUUGCGUGCUACUCAUGCCUCUUUGUAUACUGCUGAUUGGCUUCCUAAAGUGCUAAAGUUUCUUGAGCAAUCAGAAGUCUUUUCCAAACAUGUUGAUUCAUUUGUGCAAAUGAUACUGCAAGUUUGGUUAAAUGAGAAUUCAGGUUUUAUCUUAGCUCCUCCGCAUUCAGACCAACUGCAUGAUUCCAAGCUUAGGAUGCUAGACUUCCCCUCCUCUACGACAAAGCAUUAUUCAUUUCCAUUUGCUGCUGUUUAUGGCAAUGCAUGGAAAAACACUGAAGGGGAGUUGCCAUUUAUUAAUCAUGCUUUCAAAGUGUCACCUGAAUUAUUGUUUGCACAUUCUGGAAGACUACUGGGAUAUGCAGAUGCAGAGAAUGAUCAUAAGUUUCAUGCUGAUCAUGCAAGCCAUCCAUGGCUAUGCAUUGAUCAUUUAGAACAUCUGUGUCUACUAGCUGAGGCAGGCCAAGCAACUUCGGUUCGGUCAUUGCUUGAGUUCCCUUUGAAGCAUUGCCCGGACGUGCUUCUACUUGGGAUGGCCCAUGUUAUUACUCCAUAUAAUCUCCUCCAAGAUGAAGUUUCUUCAGCUGUGCUACCUAUGCUGCUGAAAGACGAUUCAAAGAGAGAAAUCGUUCUGAAACUGUGGCAUGUCAACCCUGUGUUCUUUUCGAGAGCACUGAAGGAUGCCCUCAACUUCGAUCCAGAAAACAUAUAUAGAGUCAUCAACUUGUUAGAGGAGUUAGAGAUCCUAUUAUCUGUACUGGCUCUGGUACCCAUGUUUCUGGGAAUUAGACUGGCUGCUCUCGCUGCUCGAAAAGAAUUCAUAGAUUUGGAGGAGUGGUUGAGCACUAAUUUGAGUAUAUACGAAGACAUUUUCUUUGAGGAGUGCCUUGAAUUCCUGAAGGUGGUCGAAGUUGAUGGUCAGGACUCUUCUGACCAUGGUGAAAUUUUGAGUGUCUAUAAGGAGACAGCCCCUACAGUUUUAAAGGUCCUUCAAUUGCACACUAGUUUGCUUUCCUCUAAUCAUCUUUUCGAGGAAAUGGAAAGUUUGUAUGUAACAUCUAUGCACAAUAGUCAAAUAAUGAAGGACAUUGAUGGCCCUAGUUCUUCAACAUCUGAAGUAUAUGCAGAUGAUGUAGAGACAGAUGUCAAUCUGUAUUUCCAGCAGAUGUUCUCUGGUCAGUUGACAGUUGAUGCAAUGGUUCAAAUGCUUACGCAGUUCAAGGGAUCUUCUGAAAAAAGGGAGCAAUCUGUAUUUGAGUGCAUGAUCAACAACCUGUUUGAAGUGUACAAGUUUAUCAACAGAUACCCUGAUGAACAACUAAAGAUUGUUGCUGUCCUAUUUGGAUUGCUUAUUAGGCAUCGUCUUGUGAGCCAUUCCAUACUUGGCAUUUCCUUACAAGCUGUUUUGGAUGCAUUACAUGAACCUACAGAUUCCAAAAUGUUUGUUUUUGGGACGAAGGCCCUAGAAAGUUUUGUGGAUUGUUUGAUUGAGUGGCCAGAAUACAGCCAGAAGAUCUUACAGUUCUCAGAUCUAUGUCUUACUCAUCCCAGACUUGUUUUGGUAAUUGAACAGACGCUUCUCGGUCCUUCCUCAAGCCAUCCAAAAUCAGAUGAAGGCCACAAUCCUGGCACCAACCAACACCAUAGUUCUAUCCCACCAGCAAAUGCUGAGAUAUCGGCUUCAUCCUUCCCUUUGACUGGAGCUGAUGGUGCACAAAUUGAUUCUCAAGUAUGUUCUCCAAUCCAGCCACACCAGAGGAAUGUCAGUCAUUUGGAUGAGAGACACAAAGCCUCUUUGACUUCGUCCAGUGAUACGAAUCUGAACUUAUCUACUUCAGAACAAGUCUCAAUUGCUACCUCAAGUGGCUCAGUUAGUAUUCAGAAGCCUCAGAGUGUAGUCAAGUCAUCGGCAGAAACGUCUUCCUCUCCUGGUUUUAGUUCUCCAUCUCCAGCAGUCCCCUCGGCUAGGUUUGGCUCUGCAUCAAGCAUUGGAACACUGCUUGCUGCUGCUGAAAGAAGGGAAACACCCAUAGAGGCCCCACCAUCAGAAACUCAGGAUCGGAUCUCUCUCAUUAUUAAUAAUUUAUCUGCUGCCAAUGUGGAAGCUAAAGCGAAAGAAUUUACAGAGGUUCUUGAAGAACAGUACUAUCCCUGGUUUGGACAGUAUAUAGUUAUGAAAAGAGCAAGCAUCGAACCAAACUUUCAUAUGUUGUACUCGAAUUUCCUACAAGGAGCUAAUUCAACACACUUGAACGAAGAGGUAGUUCGAGCAACUUACGAGAAUUGCAAGGUUCUUUUAAGAUCUGAGCUCAUAAAGUCCAGUGCGGAAGAGCGUUCCUUGCUAAAGAAUCUUGGAGGUUGGCUUGGGAAGAUUACAAUUGGUAGAAACCGAGUUCUAAGAGCCAGAGAUAUUGAUCCAAAAUCUUUACUUCUGGAGGCUUAUGAAAAGGGUUUAAUGAUUGGAGUGAUUCCAUUUAUCUCCAAGAUUUUGGAACCAUGCCAAAGCAGUCUAGCAUAUCAACCACCAAAUCCUUGGACUAUGGGAAUUCUUGGAUUACUUGCAGAAAUUCAUGCAAUGCCAAACCUCAAAGUGAAUCUCAAGUUUGAAAUUGAAGUUUUUUUCAAAAAUCUUGAUAUGGAUUUGAAGGCAGUACCUCCAUCAUCUCUUCUUAAGGGCAGGGUGAGGAAAUUUGAAGGAAACCCUGAUUUUUCUAACAAAGAUGUUGGGUCUUCUCAACAACAUAUUGUUGAAGAAGUUAAUUCUACCAUGAGAUCUGAUGUAAAUCAAGUUGAAUUGCCACCUGAAGCUGCUGUUCCGACUUAUCAGGGUGGCCAUUCACAUAUGUUAUACCAGCAUGCUGCUCCACUCCAUCUUCCUGCUGUGAUGUUGGGUGAGGAUGAGAAGAUGAGAACUUUAGGCUCAUGCAGUCAGCUUUCACCUGCUCAAGGACAUCAAGUAGCACAGUUGCCAUUUCCAGUUACCCAGCUACCUGCACCAGCAUUAAACUUACUGCAGCCGGUUAAUGUUAACCCUGAGCUCCAACCUUCUCAUCUCGAUAUGCAUUUCCAGAGUGUGCUCCCACUGGCAAUGGAUAAUGCCAUUAAAGAAAUAAUUUCUAGUAUUGUCCAGAGAAGUGCUUCUAUAGCAUCUCAUACAACAGUGGAACUUAUCUUAAAGGAGUAUAGUACUGAGUUGGAUGAGAACUGCAUACUUGAAGCAUCAUGCAUGAUGGUUGUGCAUCUGGCUGGAAAUCUAGCUUAUGUGACCUGCAAGGAACCGCUCCGUAGAUCGAUAUCAACUCAGCUAAGAAACUUGUUACAUGGUUUUAAUAUUGCAAGUGAAUUACCUGAACAAGCCAUUCAACGUGUUAUUCAUGAUAACCUUGAUUUGGGCUGUGCAUCAAUUGAAAAGGCUGCAAUGGAUAAGGUCCUUGGAAAUGGUUUUCAUAAAGUUGCAUCUGCCAUAUUACUGAAUGUAGUUGCUAUGGCUCCAUGUUGCAAGACGGCUGCCAUUGCCACCUGCAUUAAAGGUGAGGGAAUGCUGUGCCAAUUGGUCACUGCAGGAUGCCCAGGUGAAGCGAUAGUGAUGACGAUGCAUAACAACCAUGCUACUCAUUUCCUUAUAUUACACCACAUGUUGCUGUUCAAUGAUUCUUGGAGUUAUAAAAUGAUAGUUACGUCUUUGAGUUGUGCUCUAUCUAACCAUGACAGGAUGGUUAUACUUCUUUGCAUCUUGUGUUUAUGUUGGUGCCUGUUCCUGCAGGGGAUAACAAUAGUACAAAGGGUACUAUCUCAGAAAGUUCCACUUAGAGGGAAGCACAGAGAAGGUGAUAGACCUGCAACUUUUGAUCCAAAUCUACUUACACAAGGUAAUGUAGGUGCUCUUCCAGAAGCCUUCUAUCCUCAAUCUUGCCGUCUAUACCAUCCUCAAGAGCAAAUUUAUGAGGAUUUUGUUCCGUUACCUGGCCAAAAUUCCAGUCAACACUCAAAUAUUUUGCUUGAUGUUCCUUUAGUUCCAUCAUUUGGUGGUUCUCUACCCCAGGGAUAUGCCUUGGGAGAAGGGCAACUGAUCCCUGGCAUUUUCCCAUCUCACCUUGGAAACUCUGGGAUUAAUGCUACUGCAGUCUCAUUGGAUCCUGUAGAUCCAGAGUGUAGUUCACUGAGAUUUUCGAGUACUUCCUCAGUUCAUACCAUGAUGGGUAAUAAUAAUAAUAGUCCACGCAAUAAUGAGAAUGAGGGUGUUCUUCCUUCAUUUCCUUCUGCCCCAGCUCCUCAAUCGCAUGCAUUAGAGCCUAAUGUUGCAAAAGAAUUGGGAAUCCGCGAACAGCCUUUGCUUCCACCUUCAGAUUCUGAGCGCUUUACAAGAAACACUGUAGAACCUUCAUUAACUACUGGUGCUGCAUUGAAUGUAUUCCAGUUUCUUUCAAAGAAGCUUGAAUUUUUGCUUGCUAAUGAUGCUAAAGAAGCUGAAAUUCAGUCAGUAAUUGCUGAGGUUCCGACGGUUAUUCUUAGAUGCAUAAGCAAAGAUGAGGCUGGCUUGGCUAUUGCUCAGCAGGUUUUUGAAUGCUUAUACCAAAAUGCAAACAAUGCUGGACACAUGGAUGCUCAUCUUGCCAUAUUAGCUGCCAUUUGUGAUGUUAGCAAGCUUGUGGGGAAGGAGCUGACUGGUUGGGUAGGUCAUUUCUUUCUCCUGAACUACAAUGGUGUACUUCAUUCAGAUGAUGAUAGGAAGUUCAACAAAUAUAUCACUGUUGGAUUAAUUCACAGAAAAUUACUGAACCUUGCUGAGUAUAAUGUUCAUAUGGCCAAGCUUAUUGAUACGGGAAAGAAAGGAAUGGCAACGGAAUUUUGUGUUUCCCUAAUUCAAACACUGCAGGCAAGUGAUGCCAGAGUAAUAUCCGAACUCCAUAAUGUCAUUGAUGCAUUGGCCAAGGCUGUAGCUGGUAAGGAUUAUCACCUUGCAUCAGGAUCUUCUGAACCCUUCGCCGAUCCUCCUGGCUUCCAUGGGCAGGUUUCUAUGCUACUUAGUGAAUGGUGCCAGAUAUGGGAUUGCCUUGAUGUUAAUGAUGCAACUCGUGCUCAUUAUGUUCUACAACUUAAUAGAAAUGUGUUGUCGAAAGCUGAUGAUAUGCCAGAACGCUUUUUCCACGUUCUCUUGGAGCUUGCUCUAUCACACUAUCUAGCUUCCGAGGGGAUCAACUCUAGCCAUCCGCAAUUGCAUCUACAAGCAGAUCCUUCACCUUUCCUUGUUAUUGAUUCAUAUGCUGACCUUGUUUUUACAAUCUUGAAGGGACCAAACAAGCUCUCUCUUUUGUCAAAGGUGUUAGCGGUGAUUGUGAAAUCCAUUAAAAAAGGUGUGGAGGAAAAGAAAGCAUCAUUCUGUCCUAACCCGUAUUCCAGGCUAUUCAUGAACUUCUUGUUUUACCUUGAUACCCUGAACUCUGUCAUUGAUGAUGCAAAUUUUCAGGUUUUGACAGCUCUAUCAAGUUCUUAUCAUGCCCUGCAGCCCUUGAAAGUUCCUGCAUUCAGCUUUGCAUGGCUUGAGCUAGUUAGUAACAAAGAUUUCAUGCCAAAAAUGCUCACCGCAAAUGGCCAAAAAGGGUGGCCAUAUUUCGAGCGCUUGGUGAUAGACUUGUUGCGGUUCAUGGAGCCUUUAUUGAGGACUGGUGAACUUGCAGAUCCGAUUCGUUUUCUCUACAAAGGCACACUCAGGGUGCUCUUGGUGUUGAUUCAUGAUUUUCCAGAGUUCCUUUGUUAUAAUUACUUCAACUUCUGUAACGUCAUUGCCCCACGCUGCAUCCAGUUACGAAAUAUGAUUCUCAGUGCAUUCCCGAAGAAUAUGAGGAUACCAGACCCUAACACCCCCAACUUGAAGGUUGAUCUGCUAAUUGAGAUGAGUCAACCACCCUGCAUUCUCUCUGAGUUUGAUACCGCUUUGAAAGCUAACAAAUUGAAAAGCGGAGUGGAUGAGUAUCUAAUGAUGAGGCCAGAAGAAUCUUCAUUUCUUUCGGAAUUGAAGUAUAAACUGCGUCUUUCAUCAAGUGAAGCCGAAAGGCGUGGAACUUGCUACAAUGUACCUUUGAUGAACUCACUUGUACUUUAUGUUGGAACACAGGCCAUCCAGAAGAUCCAGGCAGGUAUGGCUUCUCGUGCAACAUCCAUCGCCAUGUGUAUUCCAUUGUCCGUUUUCUUCGCUGGUGCUGCUUUGGACAUCUUCCGAACGUUAAUUCUAGAGCUAGACUCUGAAGGCCGUUACGUGUUCUUCAACGCAGUUGCAAACCAACUGCGUUAUCCCAGCAACCACACACAUUACUUUUCCUUCGUCAUGCUUCACUUCUUUUCCGAGUUAAACCAGGAGGUAAUCCAGGAAAUGAUCACCAGAGUUCUAUUGGAGCGAUUGAUCACCAAGCGUCCACACCCAUGGGGUGCCCUCGUCACCUUCCUUGAGCUUGUAAAGAAUCCGAAAUACAACUUUUGGAACCUAUCUUUUACAAAGUGUGCACCUGAGAUCGAAAAUAUGUUCUAUUCAGUUUCAACAUCUUGUGGUUUAACAAAAUCAGAAGAUGUUUCUGGUAAUGGUGCCCGAUAAUCGCUCAUCAUCAAGACCAUCUAAUUUUAUAGUUUUUGGCAUGCAUAUAUACAAGUGAGAGCAAAAACUGUUGUAGAGCUUUUAGAAUGUUGUUGUUGGACUGAUUGUAUGUAUGUAUGUAUCUAUGUAUGUAUGUAUGCAUGCGUGAUUGUAGUUGCUGAAAGUAAACAGAUUCUGUAUUAAGACUUGUUGUACUCAUUUU